CCCGGAGGGCGGAGGGACAGCGCAGAGCCCAGUGCGUCCUGCUGGGUGCCCACUCCCAUUGCGCUCGCGGCUCUUGCGCUCUGCUCGCGCUCCGCGCCCCCGCGCGGUGCAUUCCCUAGGAUCGCCGUGGGGCGCACGUCCUCAAGACAGGGCCGCCGCCCCACCCCAGCGCCGGAGUCCAAAUCCGCCCAUCAGUGAGCACAGGAGUGGGGAACUAAAACAAACCGGUCACAGAGCAAUGGCAGUGGGCUGGUCCCCAGAGAGGGCUGCCGGACGCCCCGCCUAGGGCGGCAGUGGGGUUCCUUAGCUGCGGGAUGCUUCGUCCUCGACUCUCCUGGGACUACUUGAGAUUUGACUCCUUGCUGUGGAACGCCUCCCGAAUCUUUUCUUUUCUUAGCUGGACGCAUCCUUAAGGUCCCGAAGCAGGCCCCGGCAGCCCAGCUCUCGGGGUCUCAGGGAGACUGGGCCAGCCAGCUACAGCUGGAUCCACCAGGGGCCGGACAGGCAAUGUCCUUGGCCCUGGGAUGACCCGCCUGGUUCCUGAGCUCAGGGAGUCAGGAAAGUCUGCCCUCCAGUCCGCGCUGCUGCAAAGGGUCAUCUGUUCCUUUCUGGUGAGUCGCCACACGCACAUUGACGGCUGGCGUUUCUCUGUCCUGUAUUCCCUUGAGUCUUCUCGCGUGGCUGCAAAUUUGGAUAAGUUCUUUCCGCCGAACUCCUGGGUUCCCCAACGGAGCUUUCUUAGCUUCCUCCCAAAACCGGUCUCCGUGGACAAGUGAUCCCUGCUGUUGCUGCCUUUGUUUAAAAACCAAGACGGUCUGUUGUGCUGACAUCCUAGCCUGCGAUUUCUGCUGCUGCUGUCAUGAAAGAGCAAUACCAGUUUCGCCACUCUUAAGCCCUGUGUGAAACGCAGACGUGGAUGACCGUUUGAGAGCGUCUACUCACGCACUCACGCCUUCCCUCUUCGUAGAGAUGUCGGAGGCUGACCCAUCAUCUGGAUUUGCGGGAAGUGUGGAGAAUGGAACUUUCCUGGAGCUGUUUCCCACAUCGCUAUCCACGUCGGUGGACUCGUCCUCGGGCCACCUGUCCAAUGUCUACAUCUAUGUCUCCAUAUUCCUCAGCCUCCUGGCUUUCCUGCUUCUGCUGCUGAUCAUCGCUCUCCAGAGGCUGAAAAACAUCAUCUCCUCCAGCUCCUCCUACCCAGAGUAUCCUAGUGACGCUGGGAGUUCUUUCACCAACCUAGAAGUGUGUAGUAUUUCCUCUCAGAGGUCAACGUUUUCAAAUCUCUCAUCCUGAAGGAAAUAUUCCACAUGAGAAUGGCUUUGGUUUCUCCAUACUGAAGGUACGCUUCAUGAAAGAAGUGACCAUCGGGGCAGACCUGUUUUCCUCCUUCAUUUUUAAAUUUCUUUUCUGCCGAGUAGGUGCUUCAUUUGUGAAAGGAGGAGCCCAUGAUGGUGAAAAUGAAGGAAAACGUUGAGGCAUGGGCUUCCACGCAAAGUUCUUGGGCCACCUGGAGCCUGCUCAGCACUGUGUUAGACACCGUGGACUCAGACCGCAGGGGAUGCUGGGAAGGGACACUUCCACUCUGACUCUCUUACAAAAGAUCUGGAACUAACUGAGCAAGCAAAAACUGGAAAGCCAAAUAGAGACUAUUUAGAAGAUAUUUUCUGUAUUUAAAAGGUAAAGCAGAAACAGGAGAGAGAGGGGUAGGGAGAGAUCUUGUAUUUAACAUAUAACAUUUCCAAAAGGAUGUUAAAAUAGGCUAAAUUUUUUAUUUAAUUUCACCUUAGCCAGUGUCACACACGAUGAGCAGAAGUCACUUGGGAGUAUUCUGGGGUUAUGGAAAGCGUCGGUGGCACAAGGAAAGUGUAUCGUGAGACAGUUUACACUGCUUUCUGUUCCUGGAUUUCCUCCUGGCUUGUGUUGCCGUCAGAAUGCUCUCUGGCUAUGGGAUCCUUUGUGAAGGUCCCUGUUGCUAUGACUAAGUGAAGCCCAAUUCAUUUUAAUUUCCUUGCUGUUGUUCCCAUCCAGUAGGAAUUAAAUAUAAAGAAAUAUUUGUUCAGUUGUGUCUUAUACAGUAAUACUCUUAGCAUUUGUGCUCCUUCACUGAGUUUGUCUUUAAAGCUUUAGUGCACAAUAACAUGGGCUCUAAGGUGUCACAGUCUGUUCAUGUGACUUCACAAGCCUUAGGGACUGUGUCACUAAUAGUCAUGUCAUACUCCACGAACUCGGUCUGUCUCUGAUGACUUGUUCACGUUGGCAUAAUACUCUGGGUUUCUAAGCUAUGAGUUUAUGCUAAAAGCUGCUGACAUUGCAGUUAGGUAGCCGCAGAUACUUCAAUGCUGCUGGGCACUGCUAUCCUGAGGCCACCCAUGGGUGUCCGUGACAUGAGGCACAGCUGUGCAGGAGUUGAUCAGAGCCGAUGACAGCUUGUAUGGAUAAAAAUGUAAAAUCAAUUUGUAAAAUAAGUAGUCCACAGACUGAACUCUGAGCUGAGUAGCCUGACUGCUAUUAUGCCAACAUAAAAAUUAUGCCAACAUGAAAGUCUUUCUUAAGUAAAGUAGUUAUUCCCGGCUCACAAAAUUUGAUAAUCUCAAACACUGUAGCUCCCACACACACCCAGUGGAUGGGUUGUGCGAUCAGGACUCCCUGGGGACUGGAAUGGGAGAAAGAGUUAAACAUUUUCCAGACCCUGCCUGACAUCCUAGACAUGCUGAGGGCUGAAACUGGUAAAGGAGACCAAAAGCUGCUUCCAAUCAGGACAUACUUAGCUACUUACGUUUCAAAAGUAUCUACAGACACCAUCAGACAAGUACAGAUGCCGCCCUACAAUGUGUAGUGAAAAUCUUGUGUCAGCUGUCAUGGAAAGUGUCACUUAAUACACACUAAAAUCUUGGACUAGAGAAGUUCUGCAGUUUGGGUGGUUAUUGCCAUUCUCUGAGUAUCUGUGGGCACAUGUAUUCAUGUAAAUAUGUCCACGCUCUGUGCGCACAGAACACGGACGCAUGCACAUGUUAUCGGGAAUUCAGAAGCACCUGCAAUGUCACUUCUGCUCUUCUGAUUAUUUUGGUUCUGAGAUUAGUUGGGUAAAGAGAUUGUAACAAAUAAAAGAACAAACAUCCGGAAUGACAGAUCAACCUGAUCAGGUCCUGUCCUGCAGAAGUAACUUCAUAUUCUUUUCUCCUGGCAUAGACUCAAAGACUUUAGACAGCAAAAUGACUGAAGUCAAACUCACUUGCCUCUCUGCAGGAGUGCUACCCAGCUAGCCACAUGAUUCUUACGCCUCAAGAUAAACAGAGUAAUUAGUAGCAGAACUCAAAGAUGGAAAACAGGCAUCACCACUAAGCACUGUACAAGUUGGGAGGAAUCUGUCUUAUGAAAAAUGUUCAGAGAGACUGGAAUACAGGUAUACAAAUAAAGAAGUGGAGUCUGUUGAAAGCCU